AUGCAUAAUCAAAUGGAAGAAAGAUCAGAGGAUACAUUUAGAAAUGAAAAUGUAGAUGAUAAACAAGAAUUAAUUAAUCAAAUUAUGGAUAAUGAAAGAGUAUAUUUACAUAUAUUUGAUUAUGAAACAAGAGAAUUUAGUGGUUUAACAACAUAUCAUGGUUUGGUUAGAAUUUAUAAUUCAAAAACAUGGCCUAGUAGGAUAUUUUGGUGUUGUGUUGUAAUGUCAUGUUUAUCUUUAUUUAUGAUACAUUCAGGUAUAUUAUUAUGGACUUAUCAUCAAAAACCAACAUUAACACAAGUAAAUAUUAUUGUUCCUGAAAAAGGUAUAAUUUUUCCUGAAGUAACAAUAUGUAAUAUAAAUCCUAUAUCUUUUAAAAAAACACAAAAUUGGAAUAUGUCUGAUGAAGUAUUAGAUUAUGUUUUAAAAGCAUAUAAUGAUGAUGCAUCAGCUUCUGAAAUCAUUUUAACAAAACAAGAAGAAAAAUUUCAAAAUUAUUUAAAAAUUUAUUAUAAUAAUACUAAAAAAAAUUUUAGUUUUUUUGAUUUUUUUUAUAAUACUGGUCAUGAUUGUAAUAGUAUGAUUAAGGCAUGUUCAUGGGGUGGUGAAAUUAUUAAAAAUUGUUGCUCAAAGGUAGAAUAUGUUAUGACUGAUUAUGGAAGAUGUUUAAAAUUUAGUAAUAAAGAUCAACAAUUAAAACAAAGAUUUAGUGGUAGUCAUUUUGGAUGGGAAUUUGUUAUUGAUAUAAAGUAUAAUGAUAGACCACAAGAAUUACCACCUGAUUUUUCGGAUGUAGGAAUUAAAAUGUUAAUUCAUGAGGUUGAUAAGACAUCGAUGAUACGUAGUAAUGGUAUUGGAAUACCAGUUGGAAGUAAAUUAUAUGCUGGAUUAGAUGUAAAAAAUAUAACAUUAUUACCUAAAGAUGAUUGGGGAAAUUGUCAAAAAAAUUGGGAUCCUUCAAUUCAUGGUGAUAAUUUAAUAAAUCAUACAUAUUCAACUGGAAUGUGUCAAAGAAAUUGUAUGAUUAAAAAAAUGAAAGAACAAUGUAAUUGUGUUUCUUUAUCAAGAUUAGGACAUAUUAUUAAUGAAAAAAUAUGUAGUCCUUUAGAAUUAUAUAAUUGUAUGAAAAAAAUAACUGGAAAUCAUAAUUAUUUAAAUUGUCAAUGUAAUGUAGAAUGUUUUAGAAUUGAGUAUUCAGUACAUACAAGUUAUUCACGAUUACAUUAUACUUCAAAACAUUUAAAUAAUAUAUAUAAUGUUACUAAGGAUUAUUUUAUUAAUAAUUAUGUUGGUACUGCUAUAUACUUUAGAGAAAUAACAUAUGAAUUACAUGAACAACAGAAACAAAUGCAAACAGCAGAUUUACUUUCAAAUAUUGCAGGAAGUAUGGGAUUAUUUUUAGGAAUGAGUACUGUUACACUAUUAGAAAUUUUUAUAUAUUUAUUUAAAUCUAUUUGGGGAAAUGUUAAUAAAGAUAGACAGACACAAUUUACUGAAGCAAUGCUUGAAGAAUAUGCUGAUGAAAUUAAUAAUGAUAUCAUAGUUAUGUCAUCGGAUAAUAAUAAACCUAUACCUGAAAUAGAAAAAGAUAUUAAAAAUAAUGAAAGAAGAUUUUCUAUAUUUAAUAUUAAUAAAGAUCCUAUUGAAAGAAAAAAUAGUAUGGUAACAUCAAAUAUUACAUCACUUCAAAAAAAAACAUUUGAUGAUAUAAUUAGAAGAAAUAGUAUUAAUCCAACAUCUAUUAGUGUUCAUCCACCAUCACAUCAUUUGAAUGUUUUUAAUAAUAUUGCAAGAAGACCAUCUCAAAAUUUUAUUACUUCAUCUCAAAGACCAUCUUUUAUGGGAAGACAUUCAUUUCAAGUUGAUGAAAACAAAUUAUAUUCACAAAUACCAAACAAUUCAAAUAUUCCUGUUAUUAUAAAUCAACCAGUUUCAUCACAACCACGACGUUUAUCAAUAUUUGAUGCUUUUCAAAGGCAAAAUUUAAACAACGAUCAAAAUCAGUAUCGUAGAAAUUUUAAUGCCAGACGAAAUUCAGCUUUCAUACCAAAUAAUUUGUCUACAAAUAUAAAUCAAGAAACUCCUGAUAAACAAAUAACUAUUGUAUUAAAUAAAAAUAAUAAUCGAAGAUAUUCAACACAAUUUCCUACACGACAUAGAGAUAGUUUUAUAUAUUAA